CUCACAAGAAUAUCUUGCCUACUCGGUGCUAACCUCAUGCAUCUCUGUGUGAUUUAAUAAUCUGUUUUUAUUUCUUGGUGGAUCAUAAGUGUAAAGGACAUUCAUAUCUCGAUCUUCAAAUCUGGAAUUUUUCUCAUCCUUGGAUUUGUUGUGAAAAUUGUUGUCAAUACCGAAACUGGUACGCAUUGAUCGGCAAUAUUUGACACCAUAAAGAUGUGUUUGUGUUGGAUUGUGCGUUUUGGGUGACAAUUCGGGGGAAUAUUGUCACCUGCAUUGACUGGAUGUUGUCACUCCCGUGGUGACCGCAUGUCAAGGAUUAACCAGAGUGGUGCUCCUGUUGACAAGUGGUACAACUCAACCCCCCAUUGUUCCUCACAGACUUCAGAUGGUCCUCGUCAGAGUUACAGUAUAGCAGCACCAAGACGUUAUACAGUAUAGCAGCACCAAGAAGUUAUACAGUAUAGCAGCACCAAGACGUUAUACAGUAUAGCAGCACCAAGAAGUUAUACAGUAUAGCAGCACCAAGAAGUUAUACAGUAUAGCAGCACCAAGAAGUUAUACAGUAUAGCAGCACCAAGAAGUUAUACAGUAUAGCAGCACCAAGACGUUAUACAGUAUAGCAGCACCAAGACGUUAUACAGUAUAGCAGCACCAAGAAGUUAUACAGUAUAGCAGCACCAAGACGUUAUACAGUAUAGCAGCACCAAGAAGUUAUACAGUAUAGCAGCACCAAGACGUUAUACAGUAUAGCAGCACCAAGACGUUAUACAGUAUAGCAGCACCAAGAAGUUAUACAGUAUAGCAGCACCAAGAAGUUACACAGUAUAGCAGCACCAAGACGUUAUACAGUAUAGCAGCACCAAGACGUUAUACAGUAUAGCAGCACCAAGACGUUAUACAGUAUAGCAGCACCAAGAAGUUAUACAGUAUAGCAGCACCAAGACGUUAUACAGUAUAGCAGCACCAAGAAGUUAUACAGUAUAGCAGCACCAAGACGUUAUACAGUAUAGCAGCACCAAGAAGUUAUACAGUAUAGCAGCACCAAGAAGUUAUACAGUAUAGCAGCACCAAGAAGUUAUACAGUGUAGCAACUGGGUGCUCAAUGGUGGACCAAAGUUGUGACACUUGGUGACAUUUGAUGUUUUUCACAUACCAAGCUAUGAAGUAAAUGUCUGGACUGGACACAUUUAAGUCUUCACCCAUACCCGUUGAAGUUUCUUUUUCUGCUGACUGAAAUUUAGUUUCACAGGAAAUAUUUAAAUAUUGUGGUUCAUGGACAUUAUAUUUGUGUUCCUGCAUGCAUGUGGAAGUGUCUGUUUCCUUAGAUUAAUGGACAAACAACAGUAAGAAGUAAGGAAACAGUGUGGUUUUUACAUAUCACAGCUUCCUGUCAUCCUGACCUUUGACAUUGUUGUGACCGUUCCGUCUCACGAGAGACUUCAUCAUCUGUGACAGCACACUGCACACUCCGCUUCGACUUGCUCGUUACGAAGAGCUGGAUGAAUAUUCGUUGCAACAUGUCGAAAAAGUGGACAACUUGCGUUCAGGUCCGACACAAGCCGAAGGAACACAAGGAGAAGACGCUCCAGAGGUUUGCUGACAUGCAGAACCAGGCCAACCACAAACACCCAGAGGAGGAGGAUUUAUGCAACAUACUGCCAGAGACACCAGUGCCAGACUAUGACAUAGACUCACCAGGCGAAAACCUCGACAAGUCCCUCACAUUAUUCGUUAAACGAUUCUCCGGGGUUUUAACCAGCAUAAGCUUGAUAGAUGACCAGAAUGCUGAUGUGGCAGAACCUGACCCCGACUACCUCUUCGACGAUGACGUGUCUGCUGAUUCCUUUCCCCCGCCUCCAUCACCCCUCAGUCUGGACGGCGGAGACGGCGUCCCCCAGAACGGCCAGUCAUUCCACCUCCACACCCCACACCCCCGAGCCCCAUCACUGACAGAGGCGGAGUCUGCUGAAUCACUUAUCCGGCCCAAGAAGUUGGCCAAUCCAUGUGUUGAUUCUCGAGAUCGACAAGCUCUGCAUCGAGAACUGCUGCUGAACUACAAGCUAGGUAAGAAUGUCCUGCAGAAGCCGGAGUUGAGCAGGAAGAUGCUGGACCGGAGGCAGACGCAGAAGAAGAAGGAGUGGGAGGAGCAGAUGAACAACAAGCGCACCAGCUUCGAACUCAAGAUGGAGGAGAGAGCCACCAGACUCAAGGAGGAGGAGCAGAAAUCCAUGACUACAAUUUCCGAGACAUCUGGAGGUCCUGAACUGAUGAGGAUGCAUGCCAAGAUUACACACAAAGAGUGAGAACCUCGGCAUGUUUCUGAAGGAGUGAUCAGCUUGGCCCAUCCACACGAAUUGUUUGAGAAACGUUCAGCAGGGACAUAGACGUUGCCAAGCAGUUAUGACAUAAACAGUACAUUGACAUCCGCGUCCAACGGAGACAUGCUUAUACACAUCCAGGACAGGUUAGUUGGCCUGCAUACAAGGCCAUGGACAUGAGAGACCUUGGAGGAGGCCAUUGUCCUUGUACUCACAUUUCAGUCAGAUAGGAACUGAUAUCAAGAUUAAGGAAAUAGUUUAUAUGGAACUUGACGACACAGACUUGUAUGAGAGCGUGUGCAGAUCUCAUCCCAGCAGUGGAAUCAUGCAAGACCCAACUCUGCAAGGACCAUCCCUGGACUGUCGAGGCCAAGGACGAGUGCUGUGGUUGGGCAUCAGUGAACAAUGACCCACACUCCUGGUGGCACAUAUGACCUAUCACAUGACCUAUCCCACGACCUAUCACAUAUCAGUGGAUGUGCAAGUAUUUCAUUUGGUGCGACAGUGAUGUGAUGCCUUUAUUUUCUUCCUUGGAGGUUGUUGUCAUGAGAUUUGCCAUGUCUGUUUUUGGCCUGUUAAUGAGUUCUUUGAUCCGUCAUUCCCCUAAUAAUGGUAAACACAGACUGGGAGAUUGAGCUGGCAAAACUGCAGAGUGUGUACAGCUCAGAUGUCUUGGAGGUGACUCUGGGAUAUGACUCUCCACCGUGUUCAUGGAUCUGCUCCUGAGAAGCUGCAGCUGUAGCAGCUGGAGCAGCUGGAGAACCAUAGUGAGGGACCAAUGCAUAGCGAGAUGGUAUUUGUAGCAGAUGUAUGAAUAUGUAAGAAUGAUGUUUGUGCCAUGAUUAACAAGACUGAUGAUGUGUCUAAUUUGGCAAACCUCAGAUUCCAAGCAUGUAUGACAAUGUAUGUUGCAGUUUACACUCUACAAGAAAUGUUCAGUGAAUAGUCCAGCAUAGUCAACUUAAUUGGGAUAAGUGCUCUUUCUGAUCUGAUUAUGGAGACCAUUACCCUCACAGUUUGAAGAUAAGACGUUUAAUGAAGUUACUGUUUAAAUUGAUCAAACUGGGAUUACGAUCUCAGCGCAAACAGGACCACAUCAACUUAUAAUUGCUGAAUGAAGCUUGUCAAUGUGCCAAACACAGUCAAGGGGACAUAACUCUCACUACACAUCCUUUAGCCAGUCACUAAACACAGCACAGUGUUAACAAGGGAGGGAACUCCUGCAUGGUCAGUAGUCCACUAUCACGUACUGCACAUAUUUGUCAUAUUGUGGGUUAGUUUAAUAAGCAGUGUUCCCCUUUAUGUCUAUUUGGAAAUGUGUUGACAUUGAAAUAACUUCUAAGUUAUCAGUGGUUAUGUAGUAAUUUUACAUAUUAAAUUUUCUUGUUCAUAUUUGACUGUGUCUAAAUGAUUUCUAUAUUUUAAUCCAUCAACAAUCAAAAUAAUUUGCGGCUGAAAUGUUGCUGUAAUUUGCAGUGGGAAAAUAUUGUGACCACUUUAAGGGUAUUAACCACUCAGAUUGCAUCAGUGUUAAGAUUUAAGCUGAAUGUAAGACACUGCUUCAAAGAUUCUGCUUAAGGCCUAGUGCUAGCAUACAGCUUAGGCCUUCCAUUUUAUUGGUUCAUUUACAGAUCCCUUAAUAAUCGAAAAUUAAAAUAAAACAUAAAAUCAGGAUAACAAGUUUUUGUAUACUGCCGACGGUGAAGAUGUAGUUUAAGAUAAUUUAAAAAAAUCUUUACUAUGCAUUUUUUUAAAAAUCCUAACAAACAUUUUUGGCCUCCAACCAGACUUUUGACAAUCAAAUUCCGUAAACCAAAAAAGAGAAGUCAGCUUUUAUUGUGUUAUAACUACAAUGUAUGUUGCAGGUUUUUGUGAAAAGUUUGCUGAGUAUAAAAGUGAAAGUGUGUAUGUGUCAAUUUUUAACGUGUGUGGUUUCUUUGAUGUUUAACACAUGCUCAUUGAUCAGACAAAUGUUGGGGCAUUAAAAAUGAUAAAUAAUGAAAAUAAAUAUUUCAGCAUCACAAUACGAUACAUCACAAUACAUUCCAAAAACACCAAUGUUUUGUCGCCAUAUGUUUUUAAAAGUCAAAUAUUUUAUGACAUAACACUCAACUUGUAACAAAAUUCAUUGAUCAACAAUAAAAGUAAACUUACAACAUGUUAAGAGGUGACAUGGGUGGUGAACAUAAUACGUGACCUACGGCACUGAUGAUGUGCGACCCACGAUCACAUGCAAGCCACUCCAUCAUUCAUGACAUGUUUUCCCAUAUUAAUAGAACAAGCAUAGAACAUUUGAAUAGCAACACAACAUGCUCCACAACUAAGACACAACCGUCUGCUUCUCAGUGAAUAAUAUUUCAGUGUCAGCAUCUUUCUUCACUAAAUUACACAGGAAUGAAAUUUUAAUUUUUUGUCAAAAAAAUUAAAAUUGACCUUUCAUUCAAGGCUGAUUAAAUCUUUCAGAUAUUUUUCCCUUUGAAAAUAUGAAUUCCACUUGCUUUGAUGAUACUUAAAUCAUCAUAAUUCUAUUGGGGAACAUUUUUUAUGCCAAGUGUAGCAGUCCUUAUUGUAUUUUGGUCUUUACAGAACCUGGCCAAAUAUUUUCCCCUCUGUGGUUAGGUACUUACUAAAUACAGUGUGGUCUUCAUUUCACUAGCCCUUUGAAAACUGACUAUCCACAAGCUGGCAGCCCACCUUAAAUUUCUAGUGCUGUCUAUAUUCAUCUGGAACUAAUCAAUAUGGGAGGCAAUAGAUCAAUGUUGUAUGAUUGAAUGGAACUAGUUGCCAGGUAAACGACAGAGGGUCCUGAUGGAAUUGUGAUAUAAGAGUGAUAACAUAUCGUAGUAUAGAACAUGUUAUAUAUUUUAGUUAACAAAUAAAGCUAUUUAUUUACAGUGUUGCUAACAGAGGUCAUUUCCCGACUCAUAUAUACAUACUCAACGGCACUGGGCCCACGCUGCUGUUGUAGCACUGCACAACGUCCAGGCUUUAGUCCAUGUAGCUUCACCAUAUGCCAAAGUCACUGUGCAGAGUUGCUUCCCUUAGCUGUGUCACGAUCUGCUGAUAGUAGUUCCAAUCCAAAUAGGGGCUCUAAUUCAUCAGCUACAUAUACACCCACAAAUAUCUGGAGCUGAAGUCAUGACCAGUAAGUGGUUGUGUGAUAUGGGGUUUUCAUUACCGACUCAAAAAUGGUGUCAGGAGCCAGCUUUUAAAUGGAUGUGGUUUCUGUGCUAUCAGCUAUAACUGAUGUCACUUUCAUGUUAUUGAGACAAUGGGUAAAUUGGCUUUUAAAUUUGCCGAAUAUCUUUUAUUCAUUUUUUCAAUAUCAGUUCGUUAUAAACUUAUUAACAAUAAAGGCCUUAUUAACUGUCUAGGAUUUCAGGGGUGAACGUUUAUGACAUGCUUUGCUCUGUGCCUCACUACCACACAUGAUCACCUGUAACAGUGUUCAAAGUGGCGUUAAACACUUCUCAAGAUAUAGCAAUCGGUGCAAGUAAGAGGGACAAGUCCCUAUACAUAGCCAUAAGAUAUCUCUGCUACAUGCAGUGUCCAUGGUAUGAUUCUGAUUAUAUUAUAAGCCUGUGUUUAUGAGUCGGUAUGAAGUAGGGAUGUUUUUUGCAAAAUGUGUGCUUAUCUUUCCCCAUGGGUGGUACUCAUCACAAACAUGUCAUCUCUUUUUAUUGACAAACCCUUGAUCCCCAAACUGUGUUAAUCUGCUAAAGUGAUGACAGAUGAGGGUCAAUUGUGAAAGAUAUUUUGUGAAACUACAUGGAUUAAAACAGCUCUGGUUAAGUGGCUAAUUGUCAUUUCAUAUGCUGUACAUUAAAUAUUUUGAAUUUCA